ACAAACACUAUUAAUUUUGUUUUUCGAGCAGGCACAUGUAAGCAGAAGUGCUUCGGUAUAGAAGUAGUUUUUCUCCGCAAAUAUUCAAGAUGAUAAGACAGCGUCUAUGUGAGGACGUAACCGAGGCACGCUCAGCAGAUGUUUCUGGGUGACCGUUCCUGGUUAAUGGUCCUCUAAUUUUCUUCAUCUCGCAAGCACUCCCGAAAUCUCGAAAAAGAUUUCUAAUAGAAUAAAGACAAUCGCUGCGAAGACCACAUCAUGGCGAACGCGUCCAGGAGAAAUGCCAAUACGGUUAUCAAAGCCAGGAGGAUGAGGAAUUAGCCCAAACAUUGCAUGAUAUGCUGGUGUUGCCUACUGAGUCAUCUGCGCGGAGACCUCACAAUUGUAAAUUCGCCGUAGAAAAGGCUUAUCCUGAUGGUAUUUCGCUGGCUGAUCCGGUGUGGGAGAUGCGCGACCCAACCCCAGAUAUUCAUGCAUUGUUCAGAAAGUUCGAUGCGGACUACUUUUGGAAUACUCUCUGGAAGGUGAAAGUGAAGUGGACCAACAGACUGAUGCGAUAUGCUGGGGUUUUUGGGAGACGAGAAUGCUUGAUAGCGCUCAGUUUACCACUACUGAAGUUCCGUCCGCGCAAAGAUCUCGUUGCUACUCUGCUGCACGAGAUGAUUCAUGCUUACCUUUUCGUAACAAACAACCAGGAUAAUGACGACUGGCACGGUUACAAUUUCCGCGAGCAGAUGUUUCGCGUUAACAAGUUAUCGGGUGCUAACAUUACGGUCAGCCACCGUUACCUUCUUGAAAUGGAAUACUUCCGUCAGCAUAUAUGGCGCUGCAAUGGUCCUUGCCAGUUCUGCAAGCCGCAUUUCGGGUAUUUCCGGCGUACACGUAAUCAGCCGCCUGGCCCGGCUGACUACUGGUGGGUCUCUCACGCUAAAAUCUGCAACGGACUGUUCAUCGAAAUCAAAGAACCCCAAAUGUGUACCAGCAGAAAACGAAAAACUCCAGAUGUCGAUGAAUACAACGAGUACGGCGAACAAUGUGGAAUUUUUGGACCUCCACCAGGUGUAGGAUUACCACCGGUCGGUGUCUCAGCCUGUAAACCAACACAGUUUGGCCUGUCGGUCAAUGGAACUCCAUCUUCCGGCUUCCCGGGUUAUGGACAACCACCAUCGGCUGGUAGGAUGAAUGCAACACCGACGGGUGCUCCUAAAUAUGGGCCCAACCCUAAGCAGCCGGUAUACGGACCGUUUUCGGGGGCUGCUCCUUCUUAUAGACCUACAACGUCUGGCGUGCCGGUCAACGGGUCCUCACCAAGGGCUGUUUCUGGUAAUGGGCCAUCAUUGAACGGCCGGCCAGGAUGUAGACCCCAAUCGUUCGGCUGGCCAAGCCGGCCGGGUUAUCGACCCAAACCGGCGGCUGUUUUUCGUUAUGGACCACCAUCGUCCGCUCAGCCGGGAUACAGACCACCGCCUUCCGGCCUGCCGGGAUAUGGACCCCCAUCGUCGUCGAGUUUGGUGUACGGGUCAACCCCGUCAGGGUCCAGACCGACCAACCGGCCGGUUUACACACCACAAUUUUCGGAUGUUCCGCGAUCUGGACCACCCCCGCGAGCUGUUCGUGUUUAUGGGGCCACCGUCCGCGUGACCAUUUUGUUGGCCACCGCCUUCGGUUGCCCCGGUUUAUGAAACUGCAGUCUCUGGUAUGUCGGAAUAAGGACACCCUCCGCCGUGUGGCAUGGCGAUACAUUCCCAAUCACCACAGAGUGUUCCGCAGCAAGUGCUGACUUU